AUGACACGCGCGCGUCGUCUCGCGUCGACGCUGGCGCUCGCGGCGGUGCUCGCGCUCGCGCUCUUGUCGCGCGCGGACGCGGCGGCGACGGAGGGCGCGCGCGCGCCGAGCGAAACCGCGGUGGGGCCAGAGGGGAGGGUUUCGGCGCGGCGACUCGCGGGGUCGGGACGAUGGCGCGAAGAGGCGCGCCCGCCGCCGCCCGCGCCGCCGGCGCCGCCGAUGACGAGCAAAGAACGGCUGCGGGCGUCGUUUGAAGCGGCGCGGGAGGAGGUGGAACGCCGGCCGUGCGCGCCGAGCGGGGUGGACGGCGGACGCGCGGCGAAGUGCGCGCACGUGCGACAGACAGAGGCGUGCGAGGGUAGGUUGAAAACGUACCUCGAGUACGCGUACUGCGAUGACGCGGGAUCGACCACGACGGUUGGACCGAUCGUGGUGCUGCUGUUGAUGGCGGUGGGGUCGACGUACGCGCUCGCCGUCGCCGCCGGGACGUUUUUCGUACCGGCGCUGGAAUACGUGUCGACGCUCAUGCGCUUGACCCCUGAGGCGGCGGGGGUGACGCUCUUGGCGCUCGGAAACGGAGCACCGGAUCUUUACGCCCAAGUGAGCGAGAUAUCCGAAGGCGUGCUUCCGAACUUGAACGUCGUCAUCGGGUCGACGCUCGGAAGUGGCUUCUUCAUCGCCACUGUGGUUUUAGGCGUCGUCAUCUUGUCCGCGCCGAACGAGCACGUGGUGAUAAAUAAAGACAUCCUCGGUGCCUCGAUUGGGUUGUUCGCGAUGGCAAACAUCGCGCUGAUGCUUGCGAUGUGCCUCGGAAAGUUCAAGACGUGGUACACGGCUUUCUUCUUCUUCGCGUACGCGGCGUAUUUGAGUUUCAUGGUGGUGCAAGACAGAUCGCAAGAGCGCGCUCCGAAGCAAAGGCCCGACGUCGAGACGGCGAGCGAUAAGCGCGAGGAGCCGCUCUUCGAUCUAGCCGCCGCCAAGGGUGGGCCAGACGACAUCAAGGGCUCCGUGCGACCGAUGAAGACGACGAGCAAGGAUGGUGACGGUAUCAUCGCCUCGUGCACCGCGGACAUGAACGUUUACGAGAAGAGAGCGUCGUGGAUCACGAUUCCGAUUCGCGUCGCCAUGGCGUACACAAUGCCCGUCGUUCGAGCGGGCUCGAUGGAUAAAGUGUACGCCAUCGCGCUCGGGUUCAUGGGGCCGUUGUUCUUCUUGUGCGCCCCCGGGAACGAUUUUCUCAGCGCCCUGGGCGGCAGCGACACCAUGACCACAUUCGUGCUCAACGUGCUCGUAUCGGCUUUGUGCUGCUUCGGCGUCUCGUACGUCGUCAGUACGCAGUACAAGACGGCGCCGCUCCCUGCGGCGACGGAGUUCGCGUCCAUGUUCGCCUUCGUGCAGUCCAUUUGCUGGAUGCACCUGAUGUCCGACGAGCUCGUUCUCGCUCUCGGUGCGUUAUCCAAGAUCGCCGGCGUCGAUGAAGAGAUCUUCGGUGUCUCGUUCGUCGCCUGGGGCGACGGGCUCGGCGAUCUCAUCGCCUGUCGCGCCGUGGCCAAGGCUGGACAAGUCACAAUGGCCGUCGUCGCGUGCUUCGCCGGUCCCGUCUUCAAUCUCUUGAUCGGUCUCGCCUCGUCCAUCGCUUUUUUGACCUACGUCAUCGGUGACAUGCCGUACAGGGUGAAACAGGGCGAGCUCAUCCUCUCCAUAGGCUGUCUCUUCACCGUCAUGUUCACCAUCUCGCAGCUCGUCAACAAGUCUCCGAAGGAGUUCGAGAUGAAGCGCACCGUCGCCCUGGCAUCCUUCGCCACCUACGGCGCCUUUCUCAUCGCCUACUUCUUAUGCGAGGCCAGGAUUCUCUUCGCCCAGGCGUGA